AAUUAAAUGACACAAUAUUUCUGUACGUGUAGUCCACAUCGGAAAGGUCGUACAAUUCUCUUUUCAAGCCAUCAGUUUUUGUGGGGGAUGUUCUUAAAGUCUGCACCGGUGCCUUCGGUGUGCUCCACCAGUGGAAAUCUGCAAUCAGUUCAACCAUGGCCCUCAACAUUAUUCCCGUUCCCAAGUGGAUGUACUCUCACUGACUUUCACCGAAAACAAAGGAUUGGACGACCUGUUCAAUGCCCAAACUAAAUGGAUCUGCGGUGGGCGGGGCAGGAAGGAUACACAUUCUGCUGCGAGAAAUGGGGCUGGCGAUGAAAGUUGCAAUUUCUGAGCUGCCGCCACAGAAUGCCGCACUGUUCAGAGUGAGGACGGCGCUGGCGGGGCAACAGCUCUGUGGGCAUUCCAGCCACACCACUGUUAGCAAUCCAGCUAGCAAGCUGUUGCCCUCGCUCUCGCUCCUGCUCUCGCUGCCGACAGCCCUCGGCAGGUUUAGCCCCACCGAUCUACUUUAUUUCGGUUUUUCCACAUGCCGGCUUUUGCGCGCGAUAUAUACAUACAUAUUUAACUACAAUUAACCCUACGAAUAAGAGCCUAAGCCUGUAACCUUGAAGAAAUUGGAACUGCCUUGUAUUUAUCUGUGGGAAAUCAACUGUGGAACACAUUUGGCAACACAUUUGAAUAUAGAUCUAUUAGAUUAUCUAUCAAGCGAUCAGAACUCCAAGAAUACAAAAGCUCCGGGAGCCGUAUAAAUGCCAGUGGCUGAGCCUACCAAUCCACAAUCACCAUGGAAGCCCAACAGGUUGUACGAUAUCUGCUGCUUUGCAUCGCCAUUGGACUGGGAUUGGUCCUUCAGGCGGAGGCCGACUGCCCACUCUCCCGUGCCAUGAUUGAGGGCACCAAUCGCAUAUUUUCCAACCGCGAUCGCACGGGAAAUUACGCCCUGAAGCGGGUCCAGAGAGUGCAAACUGGCGAGGUGCUUCACAUGAUCUGCCAGCCGAACGACAUCGUCCAGACCACCUGCCAGCGGAACACGAACUUCUCCCGACCGCUGCCGCUGCGAUGCAACAACCCCAUGGCCGCCAGUGCCACAAUCGUCACUGAUGCAUCCUGUCCGGCCACCAUGUACUCCAUUGGCUACACGAUCAACAACAGACGACUGGAGCUGUAUCGCGCCUGCUACGAUCGCACCAAUGUAAGGGCGAUCUUCACGAGACACACGGUGUACGGCAAAACCUUCUACCCGACGCGUCCCUGCGCCGACUUCAGCCGAGAUGGAGCCCUGAGUGAGGCGGAUGCCAGGACCUUCACCGUCCGCAGUAUCUACGAUGCCUUCAGGCGCAUCUUCGGCAACACCCAGACAUAUAUCCGCAAUAAUCGGGAUGUGAUCAUCAAUCGCGGACACCUCACUCCCUCGGCCGACUUCCUCUACGGCGAUCAGAUGUGCGCCACCUUCAAGUACGUGAAUGUGGUGCCGCAGUUCAAGAGCAUCAACGACCGGAACUGGGAGACAAUCGAGCGCUGGGUGCGCAACCGCAUCCGAGGUGGUGGCUCGCUGAUGAUCAAGACGGGUGCUGUUGGCAAUCUCAUCCUGCCCAAUCGUGCACGGCCACCCGUCCCUCAUCGCGUAAUCCUGGGAACUGGCACCAAGAACCCCGUGCCCGAGUGGAUGUACAAGGUGGUGCGAACUUCCACCAACCAGCCUCUGGCCGUCUUCCUCACGUACAACAACAUUUACGCACCACGCCGUCCAAAUGCCCCAGCAUUUUGCACUAGCGUUCCCUGCCCCAUGCCACUGGUCAACACGGCAGUCGCUGGCUUCACCUACUGCUGCAAUGCCACCAUUUUCAAUCUCUAAUAUGAUCGUGCUUCCACUUAUUUUUAAUGAAAGCAGUAGCUUUGGUUACUCCUAAAUAUCCCAGAUAAAAUAUACUCGAUUA